UGAACAUGUACGGAGAAUUGAUUAUGGAAUUUGCCCAUCACAAGGUCCAUUUUCUCAACAGCUUCUUCCACCGGCAGCUCAUGACUAAAGGAUAUGAUGGUGUUAAAAGAUGGACUAAGCAGGUGGAUUUGUUUUCUAAGAGUUUGCUUUUGGUGCCCAUCCACCUGGAGGUCCACUGGUGUCUGGUGACAGCUGACAUUAUCAAAAAAAAAAUCUGCCUUUACGACUCUCAAGGGAACGCACUCCAGAAGGUUGCAAGGAACAUCCUGAAAUACUUGAUGGUGGAAGCAAAAGAGAAGAAGCAAACAUAUUUUGAAAGUGGUUGGGUGGUGUCGUACGAUGAGAUAAUCCCACAACAGACCAAUGAAAAUGACUGUGGAGUUUUUGUCUUGGAGUAUUCUGGACGCCUUGCUCUGGAAAAACCUCUGCAGUUUUCACAGAAAGACAUACCAAAGAUACGUAAGAGGAUCUACAAAGAGCUCUGUGACUGUAAGCUCCAUGAACAGGGUUGACCUCCACCUUUCAGUUGUGUGUAUCGCUGAUAAUAUGUGGUGCUUGUGAUUAGGGUAGGAAAUGAACAGUCCACACCUGUCUUUGUUGAGGGCCUCAUUACCAUCUGUACUACAGCCUUACAGCACUGUGAGUGCAUAUGGCUGACCCCGGUAGGAGUAUCAUAAUCUUUGUGUGAUUACUGCAUUCAAGUGAUCAAUAUUUAAUCAGGCAUGUUAUUUAAGAAAAAGAUCUUUAUGUUCCUGUUAGACCUUGAUGAAGUUACACAUCUACAGUGCACCAACAGAGCCUUAAUGUUGUUCCUGUAGAAAUGGAUCUAAUCUAAUAAAAGUGUGUUGCUGAUUCUGAUUGAGUAUCUGUACACUUUAUAAGUGUAAUUUAGUUUCUUGUUGAGAUUUGUUUGCUUCCUAGUGUGUCAUUUAGGCCAAGAUGACUAAAUAGAAGCUAUGUAUUUUAUUAAAAGAAAAAAAAUGGAAUCAGUCUAAUUUAUAAUUUUUGUUUAUUUGAAUAAUAGAACAUGUUUAUAAAAUUUUAAAUAAAACCAGUUUCCAAACAUUUCACAAAUAUAUUUAAUGUUUUCAUUGUACAGUCUGAAUGCACUGCAUGCA